AUGUUUAGUAAACAGAUCUUUGCUGCAGUUUUGUUGUUUGUUUCUCAAACAUUCGCAUUGCACUUUUACUUAAAGACCAAUGAAGUUCGCUGUUUCUUCGAAGAACUACCAGAGGAAACAUUAGUCGCAGGAAGAAUUGAUGCAUACGAGUUCAAUGAUCAUACCAACAGCUACGUUAAAAAUAGCAAUUUAUAUUUACAAAUUACUAUAGAGGAAACCUUCGAUAACAAUCACAAGGUUGCCGACCAAAAAUCUAGUCCUACCGGCCAAUUUAUAUUCACUUCUAUUGACUCCGGUGAACACAAGUUCUGCUUAACACCAGUCUACAAUGAUGGUACCACCAACAAGGCACACAGAAUUUUCUUUGACAUCGCCUUAGGAUCCUCUCAUGAUUACGCUGACUCCAAGUCAACUAAAAAGGUUGAUGCCUUGACUGAAAGAGUCCAUGGUUUAAACAAGAAGUUAGAAGAAAUCCACUGGGAACAAGAACUCAUGAGAGAAAGAGAAGCUGUAUUUAGAGAUAUGUCUGAACUGACCAACAGUAGAGUUAUCAAGUGGACCAUUAUCCAAUUAUUUGUAUUGGUUGGUACAUGUUUCUACCAAUUGAGACACUUAAAGAGCUUCUUUGUUAAGCAAAAGAUUGUAUAA